AUGCCUGCAUUAUUUCUCUAUUUUAUCUUCUGUGUUUUUUCACCCCUAGGUGUCGAUUUGGCAGAUGGUUCUUGUGCUCAUCCCACAAUUCCUGGCAGAAUCUCUCCUCUGUUACCUGCAAAUCAUGUGACAAUGGCAAAAGGAACAGGAUUAGUUCAUACAGCCCCAGCUCAUGGUAUGGAAGACUACAGUGUAGCUUCCCACCAUCAGCUACCCACGGAUUGCCUUGUGGAUGAAGGUGGGUUUUUCACCGAAGCUGCAGGUCCUGAACUUCGAAACAAGAAUGUCCUUGAAGAGGGGAAUGAAGCUGUCAUUCAGAUGCUUCAAGCAGCCGGGAGUUUGUUAAAAGAGGAGAAAUACGUGCACAGUUACCCAUAUGACUGGAGGACUAAAAAACCAAUGAUUAUUCGUGCCAGCAAACAGUGGUUUGUAAACACAGCAAGCGUGAAGGCUGCAGCACAGGAAGUGCUGAAAAAGGUGAAAGUUAUUCCUACAUCUGCAGUGAACAGAAUGCUUGAUAUGCUGGACAGAAGGACAUUUUGGUGUAUAUCACGGCAAAGAUGUUGGGGUGUUCCGAUUCCUGUUUUUUAUCAGAAGAACACAGGAGAAUGCUUGAUAAACAGUGAAACUAUCACAGAUGUCAUCAAAAUAGUGGAGCAGCAAGGAACAGAUGCAUGGUGGACCCUUCCUAUUGAACAACUACUAUCAAAAGAGGCUGUAUCAAAGGCCGGUGGUCAUGAUGUUUUGGAUUAUGUCAAGGGACAGGAUGUCCUAGACAUCUGGUUUGACAGUGGAACUUCCUGGGCUCAUGUUUUGGAAGGUGCAGAGCAAAGAGCAGACACAUACCUUGAAGGAAAAGACCAACUAGGAGGUUGGUUUCAAUCCUCUCUAUUAACCAGUGUGGCAGCAAGGAAAAAAGCACCAUAUAAGACUCUGGUAGUUCAUGGAUUUACUCUUGGUGAGAAAGGGGAGAAGAUGUCUAAAUCUAUUGGCAACGUGGUUGACCCUGAUGUAGUAAUCAAUGGAGGCGAAGAUCACAGCAAGGAUCCUCCAUAUGGCGCCGAUGUUCUCCGCUGGUGGGUGGCAGAAUCGAAUGUUUUCACUGAGGUGCUGAUUGGGCCUGUUGUACUUAAUGCUGCAAGAGAUGAUAUCAACAAGCUUCGGAAUACACUACGCUUCAUGCUGGGAAACAUGGCUGACUUCAAUCCAGAAACCGAUUCCAUCCCCGCUUCAGAGAUGUACAUAGUAGAUCAAUACAUGCUGCAUUUAUUGCAAGAUUAUGGCAGCAAGGUUACAGAAGCGUACAAAGAAUAUGAUUAUAGCAAAGUUGUUCGACUACUGCAAGCAUUCUGUUCCAGAAACUUGUCUAACUUUUAUUUCAGCAUAAUCAAAGACAGGCUCUAUUGCGAAGAAGAAAAAGAUCCUAAGCGUCGUUCAUGUCAAACUGUGCUAGCAGAGGCGUUAGACGUAGUAGUCCGAUCCUUUGCACCGAUUCUUCCUCACUUGGCAGAGGAGGUUUUCCAGCACCUCCCUUAUAAGAAGGACUCAGAGGGUGUGUUUCGUACUGGCUGGAUUAAGGCAAGCUCAGCGUGGAAAAAGCCUGGCAUUGAGGAAGCGAUAGAAGGCGCAUGUGCGAUGAGAGACUCUUUCCUUGGGUCCAUCUCUGGCAAGAAUGCUUUGGAAUAUGAAGUCGUCAUUGUAAUUGAGCCUGGAUUGCUGUUUGAAUUAAUGGAGGCACUGCAGGCUGAAGAAACUUCUAGCGUUUCACAGCUGAAUGAAAUAAUGAUGGCUUCUCAGACAACCCUGCUGAGUGAGCUACCCAAAGAAACACCUGCAGAUGCCAACAUCAUCAAAGGGACCUUUCUGAUUAACUUGGAAGGUGGUGAUAUCCGUGAAGAAUCUUCAUAUAAAGUUAUAGCCCUACCCAUUGCCAAAGCAAAAUGCCCUCGCUGCAGGAGAUACACUUCCGAUUCCUCAAGCACUCCCUGCCCACGGUGCCUGAAAGUAAUUGCUGGAAGAGGGAGCACAUGAAGAUGAAGUGCCUGUGCACGAGCUGCUUCAAAGUCAUGAGGACUGAGCUAUACAGAAGUGGUGGAUAACCAGAAGGUCUGUACCGAAGCCUGUAGAACACGAUGCUUAAGCCCCAGCCUGAGCAGAAUUUAUGUAUUUUGGGGGAAAGUUAUGUAUGUAUAUAUACAUAAUUGUGUAUAUCACUUUUCAGCUUAAUAAAAA